AUGAAACCCGGGUUGAUAAGAGGUUUUAGAAGCUAUACAGCUCUCAAUCACCCAAAUUGUAGCAAAGAAACGCUAACACAUAGUUAUGUAAAGAAUCAUAACGAGUGGUUAACCCUGUUGAAUUACCUCAAAUACCUGGUUAAGCACCCGAGAGAGUGUAAAUUUGAUAGAUGUGUUAACAUACUGAUCAACAUAGGCGAUAGAAUCCUGCAGUACAAUAAAAGGUCAGAUGCGUUAGUCGGUCAGACGACGAGAUGGGAGUGGAACAUGGGCCUGUUGAGACAAAUCGAUGAGAGGCAAGAUUCACAUCAAGUGACGGAAGACUUCGGGCCGUCCUCACUGCUGAAUUUAAUUAGAAUACUCUCAGACCUGCGCCUGUACCAUACAAUAAACAGCUAUAAGUUCAAUGAAGAUAGUAAACUUAUCGAUAAAAUUAAGAAUAAUACUGCCCAUAGUAACGCCACGGAGAGUAAACAAAAGUCGUAUAGGUUUUUUAGUGACCUAGUGGAAGAUGUGGACCCCAAGUCAUUUAAGCUCAACGACUCAAAGUUUAAGGCUGGGAAGGUAGGACCACUCAGAUACGACACGAAUCAGCUGAUGGUGUAUCCGAAAAUCUUAACGAGCCCACUGUGCUUUGAACUCACAGGAGUGAACCUGCUGGAGGAGCUGGAAAAAAUGGAUUCCGAGGAGCUGGGGGACGGCCCGGGCACAGCUAGGAGUAAAUUCGCCUACUUCAUCAACGCGGUAACGACGCAGUUCCUGGACCAGCUGCUCAUCCUGGUCUCAAACUCGAACUUCACGGAGUCUAAGCUGUGCAUACUGUCAAUGUAUCUGUCGGUGAUGAUUUACGGGCCUAAGCUGCGCAACGGCAGCGUGAGUAAAAUAGACUACAGGGUUGAGCAGUCGCUGUACAGAAUCCUCGACCACAUCUGUAAGGCUGUGAGGAUAAGCGGAAACGAACUCAGCUUCAGGUACGUUGGCGCCACGCUAACACUCUGUAGAUCCCUGGCGUACUUGGCGAACUCGUGCAAGCACAGGGCAGGGCUGAUGAAGUUCGUGGCCGAGAAGCUGAUCGGCCACAGCGGCCCAGUCGGGGAACACUAUCUGGAGAACUUCUGCUUCUCCUUCAGCAGGAGCUACUACGAGGACGACGAGCUCUACCGCAAGCUGGCCUCGAUGGUCAACGAGCAGGCCGACUGUCUGAGCCCGGUGGUGACCUCGAACCUGAUCUUCAGCUUCCUGAGGGUGGGCAAGCUCGAGUUGGUUAAGGAGCGCCUGUUCGAAAAGCUGCUGUCGUUUAACGGUUUGUUUACGCCCAGACAUAGAUGUUCAGACAAGGAGCUCAGCAGGUGCGGCGUGGGCCUGCUGGAGACCAUGCGAAGGCUCCUUCAGGGGCACCGGGAACUGGAGGGCCUGCUGGGCCGCAUAAAUAAUUUAGCUGUGAAAUAA